AGUUUUUUAACUCCUACUUCACAAACAACUGUGAGUGACAAGCUAAUAAGAGUCAUGUGCUGUACCAUGAAGGGAUUUCACCAAUUUGAUUGGGCCACGUACAUUGUGAAGCACUUGUGGAAAGAGAUGGGAGAUUAUGUGAAAGUGUACACAAAAGCAAAGAAAGACGAAGAUGAAGAUGAAGGAAGCUGCAAUGUGGGAGGAUGCAUCUACCUCCUGUUGUUAUAUUUUGCUGAGCACUUCCCACUAUCCAAAACUGUUGAGAGAGGGUCCCUAAAUGCCAUUCAAUUCUGGACUGAUGAGAGGAUAAGGAAGCUGGAAAAGAAGGAGAGGGAAAGCAAGAGGGGUUUACUGUAUAAGGGCAAGGGAAGUAUGGAUAGAAGUGGGAAGGAUGAAGGAAAACGCAGAAGUGUGGGUCAUUUACAACUGGAGUUAUAG